UCUGCUCCAGUAUUAUAUUCUACGCUCAAAAUGAAAAACCCAACCCCACCCCUCCAAAACAAAAAAAUUACGAGAAGAAAAGGAAGCUCAAAAAACUGUUUCAAAUUUCAAAAACCCAAAAAAUACCCUCCAAAACCCUCCUCUCGCUCUUCUUCUAUACUCCACAUUUACAGAUCCAAACAAGCAUGUCGUCUAACAAUCCGAACCAAACCAUUCGGAGCCCAGAAAAACCCGAAUCUAAAUUCGAAGACGAGGCGGAGGAGGAGGAGGAAGCGGAGGAAUUGGAGCAGUUGGAGACACAAGUGAAGCAAAUGGCAAAGAAGAUUCUCGAGUACAGAGCCACUUUACCUGAUCAACUGAAAACUACUCUCGCUUUGCUUCUUUCUUCGCAACGACCCAUCUUACCUGAUUGCGAUUCCGGCUCGAAUCCUGGGCCCUCCGGUGAACUUAACCCAGAUUCAGGAGGACAGGACAAAUCCAGUAGAGCGGCAUUACUAACAAAAGAAGACCGGAAGACUGCCGAGAAAGUACAUUUGUUGAAAGAGAAAAUUUCUAGCAAUGUCUCUACAAUGCCUGUAGUUUUAAAGAGGAUGAAAGAUUGUAUUUCUAGGAUUAACAAACUAGAUUCCUACAAUGGAAGCAUACAUCCGGCUUUUAAAAAGAAAAAGACAAGCUGAGUUUGCUGUAGUUUUAGCAUUUGGUGUUAAUUUCAAGGUGAAUGACUAGAGUUGCGUAUGAUUGUCUUCUAUUUGUACAAUAGAUCCAUGAUCCUGCUGCGGAAAGGAAGGGCUUGCUAACCAAAGUAGCCUAACAGUCCUGGAUUUAGGUGUUUUCCCUGUACUACAAUUACCCGAAAGCAUCAAUUUUAAUGUGGAGGAUAGGUGUUGAUAGCUUUCCAGCAAGACAUCUUGCAUCGACUUGAUGCAAUAAUUAUUUAAUUGCAAGAUGGGAUAAGCUAUUGACUUGCCA